AUGGAAAAACAGCCGCAGAAACCCGAAAGCAGCAAUGAGCUCGUCAGCCAAGAUCUUAGCCCCUUCAACAACAGCUUCAGCAUUAGUCUCAGUCUCUGCAGCAGCUCCGACAGCGUCAGCAGCAGCACCAACGACGUCAGCAACGACUCCUCAGCCGAGACCAAGAAGAGUUCCAACAAUGCGGAGUCAGACGAGGUGGCCAAAGGGUCGGAAGAAUCCACGGCAGCCGAGACGGAGGAGGUAACAUUCCGGCGGAUUUGCCCGUCGAAGCCGCACAAAGGGAAUGAUAUUCGAUGGGACGCGAUUCAAUCCGUGAAGGCCAAAGAAGGCGAGUUGGGUCUGAAUCAUUUCAGGCUGUUGAAGAAGCUUGGAUGUGGGGAUAUAGGGAGUGUGUACUUGGCUGAGUUGAGAGGGAUUGGCUGCGUUUUCGCGAUGAAAGUAAUGGACAAGGGAAUGUUGGCUGGGAGGAAGAAGCUGAUGAGGGCUCAGACUGAGAGAGACAUAUUGGGGUUAUUGGACCACCCGUUUCUUCCCACCCUUUAUUCCAAUUUCGAGACGGACAAGUUUUCUUGCUUGUUAAUGGAGUUUUGCAGCGGCGGGGAUCUUCAUACGCUCCGGCAGCGCCAGCCGGGGAAGCAUUUUACUGAACAAGCAGCCAGGUUUUAUGCUUCAGAAGUGCUUCUUGCUCUUGAGUAUCUGCACAUGAUGGGAGUGGUGUACAGAGACUUGAAACCCGAAAAUGUACUAGUGAGGGAGGAUGGACAUAUCAUGCUUACGGAUUUUGAUUUAUCAUUGAGAUGUAAGGUGUGUCCUACUCUUGUUCAGUCCAGCGUCGAGUCAUCUUGUGCAAUACCCACAUACUGCAUUCAACCAGCUUGCAUUGAUCCAAUUCCAGCCUGCAAACUACCGGUUUGUGUUCAGCCCUCUUGCUUGCAACCUUCUUGCUUUACACCUCGAUUCCUAAGGUCCAAAUCAACAAAGGAGAAAACUGAAAGAACGAAUUUGGGGAGUUCAGAUUCGAUGCCUGAACUUAUUGCUGAACCAACUAAUGCGCGGUCCAUGUCAUUUGUUGGAACUCAUGAGUAUUUAGCUCCUGAGAUCAUAAGAGGAGAUGGUCAUGGCAGUGCUGUUGAUUGGUGGACUUUCGGAAUCUUCUUGUAUGAGCUGCUUCAUGGGAGGACACCGUUUAAAGGGAAUGGAAAUCGGGAGACAUUGUUUAAUGUCGUUGGUCAGUCACUUAAGUUCCCUGAUGGAUCCAAUGUUAGUUUUGCUGCAAAGGAUUUGAUCAGGGGCCUCCUUGUAAAGAACCCUCAAAAGAGACUAGGCUUUAAAAGAGGUGCUACAGAGAUUAAGCAGCAUCCCUUCUUUGCAAGUGUCAAUUGGGCUCUCAUUCGCGGCACGCAGCCUCCAGAAGUCCCAAAACCACUUGAUCUUGCCCUUUUAAACCAGGCAUUCAAGUCUGCAGCGCCUCAAAAUGACAAGGGAGCUGCAGAGACAAAUCGGUUACCAGGUCCAUAUUUAGAUUUUGAAUUUUUCUGA